CAAUUCCCAAGCUCUGAACCAUAUAUAUAUAGUCUUGUGAUCCAUGUAUAAUAUGAGAAAGAAAAUCAUAGUAACACAAAGAUGACAAGCGGCAGCAAAGGAGAAGGGAGUGGCAGUGGCAGUACUCCGGCGCCGGCGCCGGAUUCUGGCUUUGAGUGUUGCAUGUGUGGAGAUCAUGGGCUGUCGUUUGAGCUUUUCCGAUGCAAAUCUUGCCAAGUUAGAUCCCAGCACAGAUAUUGCAGCAAUUUGUAUCCGAAAGCGGAGUCUUAUCGCCUCUGCAAUUGGUGCCUAAGCGACAAGGAUAACUCUUCCAAUUCCUCGUCGUCGUGUCGAGUCAAAACGGAAGCUGAUCGGAAAAUCAAGAAUGUAAAAUUACCGCCGCCGCCGCCGCCGCAAACUGAAAAGAAUAUAAGCCCAAAGGGGAAAAAGGCCCCUAUGAAGCUGCGAGUCAAGAGUCCUCCUCCCAUCACCAAACUGAAGACCACCGCGUCGCCGGAACAAUCGCCGCCGUCUGUGGUGGCCAGAAAACGGGUCGCCGCCGCCGGGGGCGGCGGCAUUGAGGAGAGGCUGAGGAGGACAAAAUCGGAAAACGGAAUCGUAAAACCUGUGUUUAGAAACAAGGUGAGAAGGUACAAGCUUUUGGAAGAGGUCUCAAGCUAGCAGCUAAUAUUGAAUAAAAUAUACUGUUUUCAUGAUACAAAAAUAAUAAUAUUAAUAAUAAUCAAUUUUCUCAUAGAUUUUUUUUUUCUGGGCCUUAUUAUUUUUGUUUUUGUGGUUUUCAUUUUCAUGGUCCCAAAAAUUCCUUUUACACGCAAAUUUGCAUACAUACAUAGACUUGGAAUUUUAUCUUGGAACCCUUUGAUGAAUGACAGUUCAUACAUAAGAGCAAACUAGGGUUAAUGGAGUCUCUCAUUGACCUUGACUUCAUCUUCUUUCACAUUCAAUUUCCCAACAAACCCUUCUUGCUUUUACCCACACUUUGAGUUAUGAACAACCUAAGUUGAUUUACUUUAUUAUAAUUCUUUAUGGGUUAGAAUCACAAGACAUGAUUUACUAAAUGCAUACUCUCAAAUAGUGACUGUGAAUUUCUCUCUUCAUUCAGAAAAAUUUAACACUUGCCAGAUGAUGAAUAACAGAUAUUGGAACAACCUCAAAACGACACAAAUGUUUACGUACAUAUACAUACACAUGCAUAUACAUAUAGCUAGGUUAGGGAUUUCUAUUCACUAAUCACUAUGCGGUGUCUCACACCGUGGCACAUGUUGGCAAUCAUUCUUGCAUUGACACACUUUUCUUUACGUUCACAAAGUUUACAACUUAAUCUUCGGUUGAGUUCAUGAUGUCUAACUAACUGUCGGGACGGUUAGUUAGGGAACGAAAUCAUUAUUAGGAGACAUUGGGUUCAUGUUAUGCGUUUAAGAAUUUAGGGUAAGACUCGACCGAAUGUUAUAUAUCUUAGCUUCGUGAAAACGUCAAAUUUUGAGAAA